UCAAUAAAGAAGGGUCGUACUUUUUGUGUAUGAGCAAAUUUUCGAAAAAGAGGCGGCACAUUUGUUUAUUGUCGCACAAAAUCGGAAAUAAAAAUAGAAUGUCGGUAGAAUUAAUUAUGUUUUCUUUUGAAUUAAAUUUAUAGAUGUUUAUUUAAAAUGAACUACUUAAUUUGGAUAGUGAUAAUGUUACAUUAUUAUUGAAGUGUUAUUGGAUAUAGAAUUACCAAAAAAUAAAAGAUACCAAAAAUGGCCAACUAUUGGCUUUGUGCAGCACUCUUCCGGUGCCUUAUGCCAGUUUUAAUAGGAUCAUGUAUAUUAUUUAGACCCUCAAUCCUAUCGGCGAUCUACUUCCUAUUGCUAUGCUACACACCGUUUGUGCCAGUACCAACCGAGAGUACCAUGAAAAGUCAUACAGGCAUUUUCAUGAAAAUUCUCAUAGCAAUUUCCACUCUGACCACACUGGGACAGUUGGGGUUUCAAAUUACUUUGUUUGCCCUACCACCUUACGCACAUUUUUUAAAGGAUUGCGAAUUUCUCGAAAAACUCCUACGUCACGUCGGCUUUGUAAGACUGAACCAAAUAUCGGUUGAUGACGCCUUCACAUGGAUCUCACCUGAACCCAUCAUGCUUAUUAUUUCAGUAGCUUUUUACGUUAUUUUUAAGAAACUCACCGUCCCUAACUCAGAAACCUCGGAAAGCGACAAUCGUACCGAAAACGAACGCCGAGACGAAGAACUUAAAAAUCGAAAAAAGUACUUGUCAUUCAUUGUAGGAAUAGGUCGUUAUGGAGUACUGUUAACUUUAUGUCUAGCAGCUGUACUAAGACCUUCAGUAAUAGGUGGCCUUUAUUUCUUAAUUUUCCUAUCGGUGGCCACCUGGUGGUCGUGCUACAAACAACUGCGUCGAGGUUUCGCCAUCUUAAUGUGCUGCGUGGUGCCCUUUGUUUUUGCCCACAUGAGCGCCUUGUAUGCCUACCAGUUUCAAUGGUCCCAAGAGAUUUUAGACGGGAAUAGUACGUGGGCAAGAUAUUUUGGUUUGACGCCCCUUCGGGUAUCUUCGUGCAAUAACUCAGAAGAAAUCGAUCCUAGGACUUUUAACUUUGAACGCACUGAGUGGGCUUCUUACGUCAACCCUUUCGCCCUCUAUUGGUUGUUUUACAUACUGGUUUUAGAAUCUAAGGCCUUGCUACAACCAGAACUCAUAAAAGGCGUAAGUCCAAAUCGAAGAUACGGUUCCAGUAAACGGAGCGCCAUAAUGCAAGAUUCUACAGGAAGUGUCACCGUAGACGGAGAACAUCCUGAAGAAAUACCUAUGGACGAAAUGGGUAAUCCAGAAGGUGAUUAUCAGCCCACUUUAAUCGAAAACUUGGUCUACUUUUUGGAAAAUCUUUUACAAAUCAUCAUUAGGGUGUCCUAUUUGGGUACCAAUAUCAUUAUGAUGGCCUGGAGUAUAACAUACAUAAGCUGGAUAACUUUUGUUUUACUAAUUUGGGCCAACGUUAUCUGGCUGGUACCGAACCAAAGAAAAAGCAUGCUACGCUCCAGUCCGUUUUUAGUUUUCUAUGCCUGGUUCCUACUAAUAUCCGCCUACAUUUACUCGAUGAACUUAACUGAAACCGAACUGCCUUCGUUUAUAAAGGGCAUCAACUUAGCCCAAAUCGGUUUUGUUAAAGUUACAACUUUACCCUGUAAUCCUUUACUGGUUAAAUGUUUAUAUACGUGUAUGUUUUGGGUUACUUUAAGGCAAUAUAUGCAAGAGAGGCUCAUUGAAAGGCAAACUAGUGCGUUGGCUGAUAUGGUGGCGCCCUUACAACUUACUGUUGGAGCUGCUACUACAGGUACCAACAACGAAGUCAAAAAAAAGGAAACCAAAAUCAUGGAUGUAGUUGGAGGGUAUUUGAAGAAGUUUUUAACCAAGUUUUGGAUUUGGGUUGUGGCAGUUACCUUAUUCGCUGUUGCCAUAACUGGUCAAAGAAUGACAGGUUUUAGGAUAGUUUAUAUGGCCUUGUUUUUAAUAUUUAUACUGUCCUUCCAGUUGUCGUUUACCAUUUGGAGAAAAAUGAUGUUUGGUUUUUGGUUGGUUGUCAUCAUAUUUUCCAUGUUGGUACUUGUAUUGACUUACACCUACCAAUUUGAUAAUUUUCCCGAAUAUUGGACAGAGUAUCUUCAUGUGGCACAAGAACAACAAUUGGAUAUAGGCCUGGAAAAAUUCGAAACCAAACAACUCUUUGUCCGUCUAGUAACUCCUACAUUUUUCGUUAUAAUCACUGUGGUGCAACUUCACUAUUUCCACAACGACUUUAUGGUAUUAUCUGACCCUAAAAAUACGAGCCUGAUAAAUGAAGACGAGGAGGAUGAGGAUUUAAAUCAAAGUUCGUUGCAAGGGGGCGGAGUCAUAGAUAGAAGUGAAAAAGAUGACCCUACUUCAUCGACUUAUAAAUUCGAAUUGAGCGAUUUUGACAACUUGACAUUCAAAGCUGUAAUGGAAAAGUGGAUAACUCGCCUACACAAAUUCCUAAACUUGCUCUAUUUGUUCCUAGAAAUCCACAUGCCAAGAGUGGUUUUAUUUUUCGCCAUGCUACUGUGUGUUUACGACACGUGCGCCUUGUACUUUAUUUUGGUUCUUCUGAUUCCGGCCUCGUUCACAUUGGGCAGGCCCGUGCAAAUAUUCACGAUUUAUUCCAGUUCGAUUCUGGUCUCGCUGUUUCUAUUGGCCAGGAUGCUGUAUCAGAUCAAGUACAUUAAUCCGGACAUUUGGAAUGUUACUUGUGUGGCGGAAAAUGAAACAAUGAACCACACGGAACGUAUAGCCAACAACAUGCACUGGCUCGGUUUCGACAAAUCUGACCAAGUGGAUCGUUCCGUACCCAGCCUGGUAAAAUGGAACAUAAUUUACAUCUUAAUAGUUACUCUGUAUUCAGUUAUUUUGGUACGACAGUACUACUACAAAAUAGCCAGAGGAAAACCGACAACGAGGGCAUUUUUCAUGUUUCCUAGAAUCACUAGGGCUGAUGCCGACAAAAAUUUGACCAACAUGCUUAAGUAUUUGGCGAAUUAUGCUUAUUUUAAGUUUGGAGUUGAGAUAAGUUUUAUGGCAACAGUGGCUGUCAUAGCUAUAAGAAUGGACUUAUACGCGGUUUUCUAUAGUCUUUGGUUGGUCAUACUGUAUUCGUUAAAACGCAGUACUUUGUCCAGAGUGUGGAUAUUUUAUGUACUUUUUACAGCCAUCUUGUUGCCUGUCCAAUAUUUCAUGGCUGUAGGAUUACCACCUACACUUUGUAUAGAUUAUCCAUGGAACAAAGAUCCAAUCUUUAUUCGUCUCCAAGAAUGGGCCUACCUGAUGAACGACAAAUACCCGCCAAAUCCGAAACGUUUGAUUUGGGACUUUUUGCUGUUAUUUUUUUUGACUCGUCAAUGGGUUGUAUUUAGAAUAGAGAGGCGGUAUGGCGGCCAGAAUUACGCAGGUGGCAGUAAUGAAAGCGUUAUACAUUUAGCUGAAGAUAAAAACUUCGAGAAUCCAGUUCCAGAUUUUAUUACUUAUUGCAGGUCUUAUUUGGAUAUUGCUAAAAGGUGUAUUAUGUGCAGUUUGUUCUACUUGACGUUGGCUGCAGUGUUUUUGGCUGGCACCAAUCGUACCAAUCUGUUUUCGGUUGGUUAUCUUAUUGGGACAUUUUUGUUCUUAUGGGAAGGUUCUGAUAUGUAUUUGAGACCCAUUAAGGAAAUAAUUAAGAAGUGGAAUUGGCUAUUGGGCUACAACGUCACAGUAAUCCUGAUUAAAGCCUGCUUCCAAUUGAUUGGUUGCGUAUUUGUGCACGCCUACACCGGAGAAUGUCAUUGGCUGAUGUUGUUUGGUAUAGGUUGUGUCAGAAAGUUUGGCAAUGUCGAAGAUCUGGCUCAGUUACCUGUUAACGGCCAAUGUAAAGUACCGCGGGAAUAUUUGGGAUUGUUUUGGGAUGGUGUAUGUUUCGGAUUGUUGAUAAUGCAAAAGCGACUGUUCCAAAGUUACAACUUUUUCCAUAUGAUUAACGAUACUAAAGCAACGACUAUUUUGGCUUCUCGAGGUGCUGAACUGAUCGAGGAAAUGCGAUCGAAAAGGAUGGACGAACAAGUGGAAGACGAGCGUCACAUUUUGGAAAAAAUCAAAAUCAAAAUGGACCGGAUCAAGGCCAACCAGCAAAAGAUUCAAGAUUCGGCCGUUAGUAGGCCUAUGUAUAGAAGAAGGGCGCCGAAAACGUUUAAGCAGGCUAUCCGGUCUGGCGACUAUUACAUGUUCGAUGAUUUGGACGAUGACGAGUUGGACUUAUUACCAGAAGAAACCAGGGAAGACGAUGAAAAUUCCGAUAUGCCGACAAUGGGCGAAUUUUUGAACGCCGCAAUUAAAACCGACGUGGCGACCGUUUUGCGCGAGCGCCACAAAAGCAUGAAACGCCGGUCCAGCGUCCCGCUGUCCAGAAAAAAGUCGGCGCGAUCCACUAUGUCCGCCCCGCUACCAGCCCCACCCACAGUUGAAGAACCAACAUCCAAAAGUGUCACAAUCAAAGAAGAUCCUCAACCCAGUACCAGUAAAGAUGAGGACAUCAGCGAACUUACAGAACCAAAAGAGUACACUCUAUUCCAAAAGUCAGUGCACUGGAUCGUGUUCAUUUGGGCUUUUGUGGAAAGCGGCAUGAUCAGUAUCACGCAUUUUCUAAACAGAUAUUCCAGGGAUUACAGAUAUGUGCUCAAAACGCUCGGAAAAGAACGGAAAAUGCUUAAAGAAACUACCGAAUACGACGUAGGAAUCCGAAUCGGAUCAAACCAACUCUGGCACCCGGCCGGAUCGUUCCACGAUCUAAUGAGACAAUCCACGAGAACUUCAAGCUCAGAAAAGGAAGAUUUUGGUGAAGAAAUGUCUUCAGAUGAUCAGCCACCUAUAGUAAGACUUUUACUGGCCAUUUGGUACGUCGUUAUGAGCCGCUCAGAAUGGCUCUGUUACUUUGCAAUAUUUCUGAAUCAAGCCAAAACCGCCACCUUUUUGUCUCUGCCCCUACCUUUGAUGGUCUUUUUUUGGGGCUCUUUGACUAUACCGAGACCUUCUAAGACUUUUUGGGUCACUAUUAUCGCUUACACUGAGCUUGUAGUACUAAUAAAAUGCCUAUUCCAAAUGGACAUUAUACCGUGGAACGAAGACAUAUACGUCAACAAUCCAUUUUUCCCAGCAAACAUAAUGGGUAUACAGCGCCAGAAAAACUACGCCAACUGGGAUUUGGUACUACUUUUAGCCGUCUUCUUCCACAGGAUGAUGUUAAAAUCGAUGGGUAUAUGGAAAUCUACAAGCGAAACCAGUAUUCAAAUAGCAGCAAUGUCAAUUCCAGAGGGCGAAUAUCGCCUAGUUGAUGGCCAAUUGAUACCAGUUGAAGCCAAUGGCAGUAGCAAUUCUACUAGAAGGAAAAGUGUCGCAUCUGAAGAAGGUCAAGGUGAUGGUGCUCAGCCUGAAGACGAUUCCGAACAAAUUUUGUCAGUGCAAAGUGUCCAAGUCAACCAUUGCGAUCACAUUCCGGAGUCGUUGAAGUUGGGUGCUACCAAAUACGCUGAAUCUAUACGAAUCUUUUUCCAACAUCUUCUGGACCCCACUGCCAGGGUGGCCGCCGACGUCUACACUUUCAUGUUUUUGUGCGACUUUAUCAACUUUUUCGUCCUUCUUAUUGGAUAUUCCUCAUUUGGGUCUCAAACCAGCGAUGGAGGAUUUAAGGCCUACUUGGAAGAAAACCGAGUGCCCCCUAUGUUUUUGUUCAUGCUGAUUUUACAAUUUACAUUGAUUAUAAUUGACAGAGCUAUUUAUUUGAGGCGUAACAUUUUAGGGAAAUUGAUUUUCCAGUUUAUUGAAAUCAUUGUCUUACAUAUUUGGCUUUUCGUUUUAUUCCCUGUUAUUACAGAAAAGGAAUUCAAAACAGUAAUUCCGCCACAAGUUUACUACAUCGUAAAAUGCAUUUACUUCCUUUUGUCCGCUUAUCAAAUCCGUUGCGGAUAUCCUUCGAGAAUUUUGGGCAAUUGCCUUUGCAAAGGCUACAGCAUGGUGAACAUGUUUUUGUUCAAAGGAUUUAUGUUGGUACCGUUCCUUUUCGAACUCAGAGCGGUGAUGGAUUGGAUGUGGACCGAAACAUCGAUGGGCGUUUUUGAUUGGUUGAAAAUGGAGGAUAUAUUUUCUCAUAUAUUUGCACUUAAGUGUUCUAGAAACAUGGAAGAUGAGUAUCCGCAACCGAGAGGUACCAAAAAGGGUUACAUGGUAAAAUACCUAAUGGGUGGUGGAUUGUUGGUUGGUAUUGUUGGUAUAAUUUGGUUCCCGCUGGUGUUUUUCUCGCUGGGCAAAGCGGUGGGCGAAAGUAACCCGCCCUACGAUGUCACUCUGGAGUUGAGGAUUGGUCCUUAUGAUCCGGUUUAUCAGAUGUCCGCUCAGAGCAAUGCGUUAUUCCAGUUCAACGACAAUGACUACCAAAACCUGCUCAACCAAUUCAAAACCAACAAAAGGGCCGAGCAAAUUUUCUCCAACAAUUACGACCCCGGCGACAUCGCCGCUGCCAAAUUCAGUUGGGAUUCCGCUAAAAUUUGGAGCAUUUCGCCACCAGAUCGGAAUAAAAUGAUCGAAGAAGUCAAUUCAACUAAACCAAUCAAAGUCCGUUUAGACUACAAAAUCUCCCACAAAACAAGCAGCUCGUCAGAUUCUGGAAUAAUCUCCAACAAUAUCGAAAUCACUUUGCCACCAGGCACAGCCGAAAAACCCAACCCAGACCGAGCCAAUCUACUGAAAAUGCUCCAAAACAAACCAGCUGAACCAAUUUUGUUACAAUACAUUUUGCCUAAAUUCUUAAAAAUCACCAACUUGGGCAACUCGGAGCCUUACAAAGAAAUUCUAGCAAGCGACAUUGACGAUUCUGACAAUAAGAAUCCAACUUUCCGUAAUUUGACGUUGAUUUUACUUAGGCCCAACGAUACUGCACAUGAUCAGGAAUGGUGGCAAGUGCACGAGGAUUGCAACGAUACAACAUUCAAAAACUAUUUGAAAGAUUUAGCUUACGAGGAUUGUAAUUCUUUGGUGAUUUAUACUCUGAAUGAUAAGAUUUUUCCAGAGACUUUAAACAUUAUCACGGGAGGAGGAAUCAUCGGACUCUAUACCACAUUAGUCCUGGUAGCCUCGAGAAUCCUGAGAGGCAUUUUUGCAGAACAAGUAGCCAAAAUAAUGUUUGAAGAUCUGCCUAAUGUUGACCGCAUUUUACAACUAACUUUGGAUAUUUAUUUGGUACGUGAAGCUAAAGAAUUCGCUUUGGAAGAAGACUUAUUUGCCAAAUUAAUAUUUUUGUUCCGGUCGCCUGAAACUAUGAUCAAAUGGACCAGGCCCAAAGAGGAAUUAGAUGACGAUGAGGAUCCAGAAGGAAAUUAGAAGUGAGGCCAGUUAGUUACUUGAUAACAAAAGUGAUAAAUAAUUUUUAAGAGGUAAAAUUCAGUUCAGCUAGAGUUUCAAAAUUUUGAAAUCUAGUUACCAUUGUUUUUGUCACUGAAUUUGCCAUUAAUUUAAAAACUAUUAAUAUUAAGUGUAAAAAUUAGUUUUUUUUUUAUAUUUUGAAGAAUCUAUUGUUAAUUAAGAUAACAUUGCAAAAUCAGUAAACUACCUCUUUGUCUACAAGGUUGCCACUUGUUGCUGAGGACAUUUAAUGUUCAAUUUUGUGUUAGAAUUUUGUAGUUUUAUAUAAAUUAUCUCGAAUUCUAGUCAUGAUAGUGUUGUGACUUAAAGUUUAUUCAGAUAAUAAUGUGUCAAUUGAAAGUUGCCUUUAUAUCUAAUUUUAAGACAUAUCAAUUGCGGUUUUAAGACAAAUUAAAUUUGCAACGAAACCACUUUUUAUUUUUAUAUUAAUUAUUGUGUAAGAUUUGUUUCUGUUAAUUGAAAGUUUGUAAGUUUUAAAAUGAAAUUGUGCACUUGAUAGGUGGAUAAAAAAAGUUUAGAUUUAUAAGUUUUACUUGGCAAAGAAAUUUUGUUAUAAUUUUUCAUAUUGCAUAUUUUGUAGCUUUUUAUAUUGUUACGUCACACUGCUUCAAAUUUUAAUUAUUUGUAAAUACAAUGAGAAAUGAUAUUGGAAUUAUACAUACAUAUUUUGAGAAUUUC